AUGCCCUUCGACCUCAUCACCGGGAAGUUUGUCCCGGAAAAGUCCAACAUCUGGAGGGACUGCGUCGAUGGCUACUAUGACUGGGUGCAGGAGCACAUCGAGGACGGAGCACCUCUGAAUGAGGCAGAUCACUGCGGCGAUCCCCCGCUCCUCCUGGCAGCCGGGAAUGGCCACCUCGCGGUGUGCCAGCUGCUCCUAGAGGAGGGUGCGGAUGUGGAGCAGCGGAAUGUGAUGGGGGAGACGCCGCUGAUCAGGGCGGCACACAAUGGCCACCUGGCAACCGUGCAGUACCUGAUCGACAAGGGAGCGGAAGUCAACUCCAUCGACAUGGGCGACAACACCGCCCUGCACUGGGCCUCCAUGCGCGGGCACGUGGAGAUCGUCAAGUACCUGCUGGCGCAGGGCGCGGAUCGCACGCUGCGCAACAAGCAGGAGAAGAUCCCCAUCGACCUCUGCCAGCCCUGCUGGUCCAACUCCUACCGCUUUGCCCGCCAGCUCUUGUCCGCGUACUGA